UCACCAGCAACUUUGAUGUGCGUUGUCUGCAGAUAUUCGCCGGUUUGCUCACACGCGCAUGCGCAGAGGGGCUCGGUUAGUCCCAACUACCGCGCAUGCGCAGAUGUCUGAGGUAGUCACAACUAUCGCGCAUGCGGUCAGUAGACGAGAGGCUCAGAAGGUCCGGCUGCGGGUUCGAAAUGGCAGAACACUUGUGCACGGGAAUCUCAAACACAACAACACAUCAGUUUUGCUGUCUCUGUCUGGAUAUUUAAGGAGUGACCAAAUAUUUUCUUUGCAACACCAACACAUCUGUUGUCGAUCCUUGGAGAUGAAGAAUUAUCUCAUCCCAGCUGGUGAUGUAUUCUGUCUCUGAAAUGAAGUUUUCUGUUUUUACUCUGUGAAAUCCACUGGAACCGGGAGCUGAGAAAACACCAGCAUUUGUUUACUGGAGAUCAGUUCUUCAACUGCAUUGAUUGUACAAGGGAUUCAAACGUCUGACUUCCUGAUUGCCAGAGAAUUGAUCGUAGUGAGAUAUCAUUCUCCUUCUCUCAGUGUGGGAAGAGAUUCACUCACAGGCUACUACAGACACACCAGUGAAUUCACAGUGGGGAGAGGCCAUUCACCCGCUCUGUGUGAGGGAGGGGAACCACUCAAUCAUCCAGUUUGUUCACACCAUAGUGAGAUGCUCCACCUGUUCUGCAAGCAGGAGGCCAUUCUGUUAUAGAUGUUAAAGGUAUAUCAGAAAAUUCACCAGUGAGGGGACAUUGACCUGCUCGGAUGGUGGGAAGGCAUUUACACACUUAACCACACCACAGUGACACCAGCGAGUUCACACCGGGGAGAAGCCAUUCACCUGCUCUGAAUGUGGGAAAGGAUUCACUCAAUCAUCUCAACUGAAUGAACAUCAGCGAGUUCACACUGGAAGAUGCUAUUUAUCUGCUCAGACUGUGGGAAGGGAUUCACUCACUUUUCAACACUACAGAGACACCAGCGAGUUCACACCGGGGAGAGGCCAUUCACCUGCUCAGACUGUGGGAAGGGAUUCACUCAGUCAGCUCAACUGAAGAAACAUCAGCAAGUUCACACUGGGGAGAGGCCAUUCACCUGCUCAGACUGUGGGAAGGGAUUCACUCAGUCAGCUCAACUGAAGAAACAUCAUUUUGCUCAUAAUGGGGCAAAACCAUUCACCUGCUCUGAUUGUGAUAAGGAAUUCACACGGUCAUAUAACUUGAAAGUUCAUCAGCGAAUUCACACUGGGGAGAAGCCGUACACCUGCUCAGACUGUGGGAAGGAAUUCACGCGGUCAUCUGACUUAAAAAUACAUCAGCGAGUUCACACGGGGGAGAAACCAUUCACCUGCUCAGAUUGUGGGAAGGAAUUUGCACGGUCAUCUGACUUGAAAGUGCAUCGGCGACUUCACACCGGGGAGAAGCUAUUUAGUUGCUCUGAGUGUGGGAAGAGAUUCACUCGAUUAUCUCACCUAGUCACACACCAGUUCGUUCACACUGGGGAGAAACCAUUCACUUGCUCAGUCUGUGGGAAGGAAUUUAUUCGGUUAUAUGACUUGAAAGUUCAUCAGCGAGUCCACACCGGGGAGAGGCCAUUCACCUGUUCUGAAUGUGGGAAGAGAUUCACUCGGUCUUCUCAACAGAAGGAACAUCAGCGAAUUCACACUGGAGAAAAACCUUUCAAAUGCUCAGACUGUGGGAAGGAAUUCAGUCGGUCAUCUCUACUGAACAAACAUCAGCGAGUUCACACUGGGGAGAGACCUUUCAAAUGCUCAGACUGCGGGAAGGAAUUCAGUCAGUCAACUCAACUGAACAAACAUCAGCGGGUUCACACUGGGGAGAAGCCUUUCACUGGGCAUCCCUGUAAUCCCUCCACCAUCCACCCGGAAACAUUCAGAGGGACAAGAGUGCUGGAAACCAUGCCGUCUGGGUGAGUGCAGGGAAACGCAGCAUUUCACUGUAUGAGCCAGCGAUGAAGCUGUGAGUGAUCAGUGCACGAGACAGCAGAUGAUAUUGUAAAGGUCAAAUAGCAAAUAAUCGACACUACUAAGGAAGUCAUCGAAUCGCAGACCAUAAUGUGGAAGAGAAAACAGCAGAAUGAAGCUGAUUCUGACGUGCGAACAAAACCCUGAUAGUUGGAAAGAGGACAGAAGGUUACGAUCUCAGUACAUCAAGCUGUUUCACUUCCGAGAUGUGCAGGGACAUAUCAUGUCAGGGACAGAGCCAGUCCAUCAGUCUAUUAAAUCCAGACAGCUCUAGAGAGUUUAGGUUGGCACCAUAUGAACCAACUUGUAGAUAGUGAAUGUUCUUUGGAAGCUGAGGUCCAUAAGUCACAUUGUCAAUGGGAUGCUCUGGAUGGAGAUGAUGAUACUCUCAGAUUUAUCUUUCAGCCAAUUGACGAUGGUGACGGUGAAGGAGCAGUUGACCCCUCAGUGAGUUGGGCAAACACUUUCACUUUGCACCCAGAGCUGAAGGGUAGUUCACUUCAUAGUCAGCAUCCACAAGGGUGGGUUAAGGCAAGGUGAUCUUUUCCCUCCUCUCAAUGGAGGAGAGAAACAGAUACGUUCGUCACCAAAUGUUCUGGGAAUGAAGCGGGGGAUAGAGAAGUUGAAUUUCAAGGAGGUAUCAGGUAAUCAGAUAAGUACAGAAAUUGCUCUUGAUGGUUUAUUCACAGAUAUUCAGAAAUGGUUGAUGUUGGAAUACGACUGCUAAGUGUCCUCGUAAUGGUCGAAUGCUCAAUUGAAGGUUACAUGUUCUCCAAUAAAGUGUAUUAUUUCCCAGUUGUAUAUUCGUUAUUCAUGUGGACUGAUGGAAGUUUAUUGGUAGCUAAGUGUCGUUCCUCUGUCACUCAGUUAGCCACUUCCACAUGGGAGGAGUUCUCACACUGUACGAGCAGGGUUGUCAAUAAAGAUCUGUUGAGUAUCCUGCAUGCGGAUGUCCUGGUGUGCUCUGCACUAUCCCUCAAUAACGUAAACAACAUGGAGUCAGAAGUGGUUCAUCAAUGCAAAAUCAAUGGGUUGAAGAUCUGACCUCCAGUGAACAAAUGCUGGUGCGUUCUCAGCAGCCCAGUUCCAGUAGAUUUCACUGAAUUACAACAGAAAAUUUAUUUCAGACAAAACUCGUUUUGACAGUAUUCUGGGAGGUGUAUCAUCGUGCAGUUUGUUAUAUCAAAUAAAAGCGCAGGCCAUUUUCUAAACACCUGAGCUGCAAAGACACUCGGGAGUCCUUGUGUUGGACUCCCUGAAGUUUAAUUUGCAGGCUGAGUCGUUGGUGAGGAAGGCACAUACUAUGUAUGCAUUCAUUUCAAGAAGACCAAAAUACACACACAAGGAUGUAUUGUUAAAUCUUUAUAAAGCACAGGCGAGGCGUCACUUGGAGUAUUGGAUGAUAGGCAAAUUGCAGUGGGUCCAGGUGCUUGCUGAAGCGGGAGUUGAUCUCAGCCAUAAUCCAACUCUCAAAGCACUUCGUCACCUAAGAUGAGAGUGCUAGUGAACAAUAGUCAUUAAGGGAGCUCACCCAGCUCUUCCUGGGCACUGGUAUAAUUGUAGACCUUUUGAAGCAGGUGGGAACUUCUGACAGUACCAAUGAGAUUGAAAAUAUCUUUAAUACUCCGGCUAUUUGGUUAGCUCUGGUUUCAGAGCAUUACCUUGGUAGGAAGUAAUGGCCUACAAACCCUGCCAGAAUUGACAUUCAUUCGAUGUCGCCUGCAACCUUGCUUGGAAUUGUUUCUUGGCUCUUGAAAUAGCCCUCUGCAAGUCAUGCCUCGUUUACUUGUACAGACCUGGGUGGCCAGACUUAAAUGCCACAGAUCUAACGCCCGGCAGACUACGAGCCUCCUGGUCAUCCGCAGCUUUUGAUCUGGGGUAUGUAUAGUGAGCUCUGGUUGGCAGACACACAUCUACACAGGUUUUAAUGAAGUCGGUGUCAGGCGUACUCAUUCACACUCGAAUAUGAAUGUCUGAAUGCACCGAAUCAAAGUUGUUCCUGUGCUCACUUGUUCAUAUCUCCUUGGUCCUCACUGCUGCUGCUGCGGUAUUCAGUGUCUGCCGAUACUCCGGGAGAAGGCUUACAGCCAGGUGUUCAGACAUUCCAAACUGUGGGCAUGGGAUAGCAUGGUAAACGAUCGAUGGUGGUGUGAGAGUGGCCCAGGGUGUUGGCUCCACUGGUAUGACAAGUGAUCUGUUGGUAAUAAUUAUUUCGAGACUUUUUCAAGCUGGCCUGGUUCAAAUAUCCCCUAGAAUGAUGGGAGUAGCAUCAGGGUGUACUAUUCGCGCCUGUUGAUCACAUCGCAAAGUUCAUCUGGAGCCUGGGGUGGAAUGUACACCUCCAACAAAAUGAUUGCUGAGAUCUCCCACGGCAGGUAAAAUGGCUGGCACUUCACCACGUGGUGUUCCAGGAAUAAUCUGGAGUAUUGUGCGCGGUUUUGGUUACCUACCUGCAGGAAAGAUAUAAAUAAGGUUGGGAGAGCAGAGAGAAAUUUGACACGGAUGUUGCCGGGUCUAGAGCUGAGGUAUCAGGAAGCAUUGAAGGGGUUAGGAC